UCUCUCCUAAGUCCUGACAGGUUGUGCAGCACUGGCCAGCAGUGGAUCGUUCAGAGUGCCCCAGUCGUGUCUGAAAACUGGCGGUCACUGACACCGGCGCGAGUGAACCCCAUGAUUACUAUUAUUAUUCUUAUCCUUCAUCUUGUGCCCGAUUGACUUUCAGAUCCCCAAUGCCUGUGUAUCCUCGAGGAAACCAAUAUCGCACUUGACAGGGUUGCUGGCUGUCUUGUCCCGCCAUCCUCGCCGUCGGGAUUGAUCUUGUGUGCGCGAGAGAGAGGAAGAGAAAAACGGUAAUCGGAUAGAUAGUUUUUUUUUUUUGGAUGCGCCCGUGGAUGCGCCCGCCGCAAGAAUGCGCCUCGAGACGGUACCCUCGGUGCCGGAACUCAACACCACGAGGAACACUGACAGAGAGAGGCCAUGGGGACGACCGCGACGACAAACCGACUCAGCAGUGCGACGGCGGGCAUCGUCAGAAUUCCCUCUGCGCGAGCCCGCCCGCCACUCCGUGUGCUUCUCCCCGCCGCCCGAACCCCAGAUCGUCUCGCCCCUGAGCGUCCACGGACUGUCGAAUCCUGCCUUCGCGGAGAUCUCCUCGCGCAAGUUCAACCUGCGCAGCUCGACCGGUUCUCUUGUGCCAGCAUCUCCUCCCUCGCCGCAGUCGUCGUCUCUCAGUGUUGCCGUCGCGAACAGCCCCGAUUCCCGUGACCGCGCGCGUGCCGGAUUCUCUCCAUCGUCAACAUCGGGAGACAUCAGCGCAUCGCCAGCAACCAGCACCACCAUCACCAACACCACCAACAACGCCAUCCAGCCCUUCCUCUUUGCUGCGGACUCCAGGUCGUUUCACUUCAGGAGGGCGCCCGCGUCCCACAGCAGCUACGGCAUCGAAACCGCCAACGGUCCGCCGCCCGCCCUGAGCACCCGGCGCUCGCUCUUGCAGGACAAGACACGCCGGCCCUCCGUCAACCUGGAUCUCUCUCCCAUCACCCGCUCAGCGUCCUCGUCGCAGCUGGCCUCUCCGGCCAGGAAGAAGAGCCGUUUGUCCGUGAGCAUCGAUGCCAUUCUGAACAACGACCCUUCCGCUGCGCAGCGCCGUGAACAGUUGCCGUCUUCGCCCCGGACGGCCGCUCCUACGGCUUCCAAGAACACAAUGUCUUCGACUUAUCUGGGCAGCAAUGUCCAGACCUCCGACAGAGAUCAAUUGGCGCGCAGCCUCGCGAGGCGAAGUAUGGAGGAUAGUAGCAAGGACUCGAGUGCAGACGAAAAUCGGUCGAAGAACGAAGACAUCUUCCUCCACAUCGCCAAAUCCAGUGGGAACCGUCGGGACUCCGCGAGUCGUAGGUCGUCCAGAUUCGCAAUCUCCGCGCUUUCAUCCCGCGCAUCUCGAGUCAACGAGCAGACCCCUUCUCCGGACCAAUCGCAACUGGCCCAGCAAAAGACUCCAUCAUAUUCUCAGGAUAAUCCCCCGUCACUGCCUUUCAGCCACAGCUUUGGUGGCUUCUCCACGCCAGCUUCAGCGCAUCCAUUGGACGAGCCCAAUCGCAUCCGUUAUUUCAACGGCUCCAGCGCCAGGUCCACAAUCGGACUGCCUUCUAGUCGGUUCAGUCGUUUCAACCAGGAUGCAUCCCCGGAACUGUCUACCUCCGCCGAUAAGCGGGCAUCAUUGAAUGAUGCUCGCCUCCAUAGACGUUCAACAACUGCUAGUUCAUACACCGUUCGUCAGGCUUCAAAAUCAGACGCAGCCGAACGAUCGAAGCCCGACACUGAUCGAUCAACGCGGGAAGGUACCGAAUCGACGCUGUCGACGAAUGCUCCUUCGACGGUCUGGGAUGAAUUGGAUGACUUGAAGUCGAGAAUCCGGAAACUAGAACUGACCGGAAAAUUACCGCCGUCGUCUGCAGCCGCCAUAUCCAGUGCGUCCGGAGAACGGCCUCAGACAGCUACUACAACAGUAACGACAUUGUCACCUUCUCCCAAACAGCACCGUAGAAAAGCAAGCGCUCCGGUCCUCGACGCGGAAGGGACGGCCCCUUCCAGCCAGACCCAUCCACUGUUGCACUCAGCUUUAGCCAAAGCAAAAACUGUCCUCAACGGGGAAGUGUAUCAGGCACUGGAGACCACAGCUAAUGAUGCGCUGACUCUGGUCACUAUGUUGGGUUCCACCGCGUCGCCGUCCGGAAGUGUCUCCGUCGUUAACGGCGUCACUGCGUCGGAGCGACAAGCGAAGCGAAAAGCAGACAAUAUGUGUCGAAGUUUGACCGAGCUUUGUCUCGCGUUGGCGGACGAACGACUGAUCUCUCUACCAAAAACACGUCCUGGGAGCCGGGAUGCAACGACGGCUGACCCUAACCGAACAAAUACCACGGAAACGGAACAGCGAAACCCUCCCAUCUCAUAUCGUCGUGGUAUCAGCCAGGAGCCAGAAGACCUGGAUCGUUUCCAGGCAUCUUCUCGCGUCCCAACUCGACUGGAGACGCGGAGAGCGAGUAUGAUGACUGUUGGAACCGGGGCUGCGUCACACUCCCAGGAUACCCAGUCCACCCAGACACCUACUCCCCCAAGUAGGCUCUCGCGUAUAUCCACCUCGUUUCGUUCUAAGCGACAGCGCGGCGAGGAGGACGCUGAUGAUAAGACCAUCACCUUGGGCCGUCCUCUUGCGCGCAGUCUAACAGAUGCCGGAAAUGCAACGCCAGGAAGCCGGCUUCCGGCGCGGGAGCGGCUUUCUCGUGAAUAUGCUUCUCGUCGUGCAUCGGAAUCUCAGCAGGGACAACCUUUAUCACCCCGGCAAGAGCAACUACGGCUGCAGCCACGUACGCCGACAGUCUCGUCCGCUAUUCCUCUCCGCAGAAGUAUUUUAUCGCCUGCAAGCAACUACGCUCCUUCCGUCUCCGGCGUGAAUGUACAGCCUGGUUCUCGCAGAUACUUGGCUUCCUCUGCCAUGGUCCAAAGUCCUCAGGAUGUCACAGCUGGACCGGUCGACGGAGGAGACUCGGUCCAGCAGACUCCAAGCCGCAUUUUUGCGCCGUCAAAUAAGACGGCAACGAGUUAUACUAGCAUUCAGCAGCCACGGAUUCGGACAAACAGCCUUGGUGCACGGAGACUUGGUCUUCGGCAACGUACGAUGAAUGCUUCAGGAGACGUUGCCAAUCCAGUCAGUUAAGGCGUUUAUUGAUUGUGCAUUUUACUCAACCAUUUACAUAGCGUUGUUUGCAUAGCGCUGCGUCGCUUUUACUCGCGUUCCAUAUUUGCUCGUUCUGGCGUUUUGCGGUGCGGUGAAACCAUCAAAAGUGGCGCUUCUCAUGAUCUAAUGAUCGAUCACACCUAC